CCUUUCUUCCAACGCACACAUUUCCAGCUGUCAAAAGUUUUGUUACUCAUCGCUGUCGCCAUCGUUGAAAUUAUAUUCGCCGCGUGAGAAAACCGCUGUUGCUAAUUUAAUAAAUAUUUUUUAAAGCAUUGAUUGUAUUAACAUCCCAUUAAUUAAAUAUGCAACCGCAAAUCGUACUUUUGAAGGAAGGUACUGAUACCUCUCAGGGCAAGCCUCAACUCAUAUCUAACAUCAAUGCAUGUCAAUCCAUCGUGGACGCUGUGCGCACCACAUUAGGUCCGCGCGGCAUGGACAAGCUAAUUGUUGAUUCUACGGGUAAGGCCACUAUUUCAAACGAUGGUGCCACAAUUAUGAAGCUUUUGGACAUUGUUCAUCCCGCUGCAAAAACACUUGUAGAUAUAGCUAAAUCUCAAGAUGCUGAGGUUGGUGAUGGCACAACGUCAGUUGUACUUUUGGCAGGUGAAAUUUUGAAACAAGUCAAACCUUUUGUGGAAGAAGGUGUGCAUGCUCGAAUUAUUAUCAAAGCAAUUCGCAAAGCUCUACAGUUGUGCAUGACCAAAAUUAAUGAAAUGGCGGUCCAUGUUGAGGAACAAUCAAAAGAACAACAACGAGCAUUAUUGGAAAAGUGUGCUGCCACAGCAAUGUCUUCAAAAUUGAUUCAUCAACAGAAAGAUUUCUUCUCAAAAAUGGUGGUAGACAGCGUACUCUCCUUGGAUGAGUUGUUACCUUUGAAUAUGAUUGGCAUUAAAAAGGUAUCUGGUGGAUCAUUGGAGGAAUCAGAACUUGUAUCUGGAGUUGCCUUUAAAAAGACAUUCUCUUACGCUGGUUUUGAAAUGGCACCUAAAUCAUACAAAAAUUGCAAAAUAGCUCUAUUAAACAUUGAAUUGGAACUAAAAGCCGAGCGCGAUAAUGCUGAAGUGCGAGUAGACAAUGUUAAAGAGUACCAGAAAAUCGUUGAUGCAGAGUGGCAAAUUUUAUACAAAAAACUCGACAAGAUACACGAAUCUGGGGCCAAUGUUGUAUUGUCCAAACUACCAAUUGGUGAUGUUGCAACACAGUAUUUCGCAGAUCGUGACAUGUUCUGUGCUGGUCGUGUGCCAGAAGAAGAUUUAAAGCGUACAAUGAAGGCUUGUGGAGGCGCUGUUAUGACCACUGCCAAUGACAUAAAUCCAAGUGUAUUGGGUCUUUGUGAAUAUUUUGAAGAACGUCAAAUUGGAGGAGAACGAUUCAACUUUUUCCAAGGUUGCCCUAAUGCCAGAACAUGCACAUUGAUUUUACGCGGAGGAGCCGAACAAUUCCUUGAAGAAACUGAACGCUCAUUGCAUGACGCUAUUAUGAUUGUGCGCCGUACAAUAAAACAUGACUCUGUAGUUGCUGGUGGUGGUGCUAUUGAAAUGGAACUGUCUAAAAUUCUCCGGGAAUAUUCACGAACCAUCGCUGGAAAGGAGCAACUUCUGAUCGCCGCCAUUGCCAAAGCUCUGGAGAUUAUUCCACGUCAGCUGUGCGACAAUGCUGGUUUUGACGCUACUAACAUUUUGAACAAGCUUCGGCAAAAACAUGCCCAAGGCGGUCAGUGGUAUGGCGUCGAUAUCACCAAGGAGCAUAUUGCCGACAACUUCGAUCAGUGCGUGUGGGAGCCAUCGAUUAUUAAGAUCAACGCUUUGACCGCUGCUGCCGAGGCUGCCUGUAUGAUACUCUCAGUCGAUGAAACCAUUAAGAGCCCCAAAGCUGGCGAGAUGCCAAUGGCUGGGGGCAUGGGUCGCGGCAUGGGAAGGCCAAUGUGAGCGUAAUGUACUCGCAUUUAAAUACUUUGAAACCUCAUCAGAAAUUCACAUCAAAAGUCAUUAACGUCAAGAAGAAAGCUGAAUUCACAAGCUAACUGAUUCUUCAGUAAAAUCUUAAGUUUCUUUAAAAAAGUAUGGUAAUAAAAUAAUAGUUACUAAUAUCCAAUAAACUGUAUUAAAAUUGUUCUUCUAAAAUUUAAAA